CUCAACUCAACCUAUCAGUCAUUCAGUCAAAGUACUAACUUGGUGAUAUAAAUCAAAAUUAUUUAUUGAUACAAUCAAGUUUGAAUCUAAUCAAGCUCUUUGAAUUUGCAUUGAUUAUGAGUUCACCUAGGCUAUAUAAAACUAUGACCACCAUAGCAGGAUUUUAGUGUGUCAGAAUGAAGGCAGUGGUACUCCUAUUGGCAGCCCUAGGGCUCUGCAGUGGUUUCACUGUACCGAACAAGAUUGUCCACCCACGGGAUCUGAAGGUCGAGCACCACAGCAUCGAGGGUCGUAUCACCAACGGCAACGAGGCGACCGAGGGUCAGGUGCCCUACAUCGUGGGAGUCAGCCUGAACAGCAACGGGAACUGGUGGUGGUGCGGGGGAUCCAUCAUCGGAAGCACUUGGGUGCUGACAGCCGCCCACUGCACCGCUAAUGCCGACGAAGCCUCACUGUACUACGGUGCCGUUAACUACAACGAACCCGCCUUCCGGCACACCGUCAGCAGCGACAACUUCAUCAGAUACCCGGGCUACGUUGGCAACGACCACGACUUGGCCCUGAUCCGGACUCCCCGCGUGGACUUCAACAGCCUGGUCAACAAGAUCGAGCUGCCCAGCCUGAACGACCGCUACAACUCCUACGAGAACAGCUGGGCCCAGGCCUCCGGCUGGGGAGCCAUCUACGAUGGCAGCAACGUGGUGGAGGAUCUGCGAGUGGUGGACGUCCGGGUGAUCUCCGUUUCGGACUGCCAGGCCUACUAUGGCACUGAGACGGCCACCGACAACGUCAUCUGCGUGGACACUCCGGAUGGCAAGUCCACCUGCCAGGGCGACUCCGGCGGUCCUCUGGUCACCAAGGAGGGUGACAAGCUCAUCGGAGUUACCUCCUUUGGGUCCAUUUAUGGCUGCCAGUCUGGAGCCCCGGCUGGUUUCACCCGAGUGACCAACUACCUUGAGUGGAUCAAGGAGGAGACCGGCAUUUCCUAUUAAGAGCUGGCAUGUGCCAUCUAAUGAAUAAAAUAUUUUAUAAUAUUUGAAUAAACUAGAUCAUUUUA